GGAUGGAGGAACUGUAGCGCUUAAAUAGUCGCUACCAUCCUCAACCAAGCGAUUUCACAAAUCAUAGCAUUUUUUAUAUGUGCUCUAUAUCUUCUACAAAAUCGCUAUUAUUUUGAUUAACCAUGUCGAACCCUUACGAAAGAAGAGCCGAAGACCUCUACGAGGCUCAGAACGAUCCCGCUCCCGUUUCUGGAACGGUCUCAGAUAAUUCCUACGCCCAUGAAAAUCGGUCCGACCUAAGGAAUCAGAUCCCUGUUCAAAGGGACGAGGAUGAAGUUGAAGAUCCUAUCCAGCCUCCAUUCUCCAACAGUGAUCAGCAACUAGCGCAAGAUGAAAAAGAGGCUAUCGAUACAAGUAAUAUCUUACGUGGCGGCCGCCUCCGUCACGCAAAGCCCCGUACUCAGGAUGGAUAUAGUGAAGGACGUGAUGAGGAUGAUCUACCCGCAGAUGUUCGUUACGGACAGUCUGGAAGGUCCGCCACGGGUGAAAUUAUCUAAAAUUUUCAUCCUCCAGAGAAACCAUUAAUUAUAUAUUCACCUUGAGUGAGAUUGUAGGCAAGGUACUAUGCCAUAAUAUAGUUGACAAAUAAAUGUUCUUAUUCCGUGGUUAUUGA